UCUUAUUCCCUAGGCAAUGGGCAUGGCUUCCUCCAUGAGAUCUCUCAAGUCACCAACAACGAUUGAGCUGACCCUACUUCUCCUCUUAUCUCUGCAUUUCUCCCUAAUCAGGGCCCAAGGAGUAGGAGGCGCUCCAAGCGUUGAUGAUCUGCACUCCAGAGCUCUGAUCCUAACAAAAGUAUGGUGUCUCAUUAUCCUAUUGGUGAGCACUUUUGCCGGUGGAAUCUCCCCUUAUUUCUUCCGAUGGAAUGAAAGCUUCCUUCUGAUGGGCACUCAGUUCGCCGGCGGUGUUUUCCUGGGUACGUCGCUUAUGCAUUUCUUGAGCGAUUCCAGCGCCACCUUUGGAGGUCUCACCACCAACACCUACCCUUUUGCAUUCAUGCUGGCCUCAGCCGGUUAUCUCCUCACCAUGUUUGCCGACUGCGUCAUAACCUUCGUCGUCAACAACAACGGAGCUGCUACAAAUAUGGAUAAAGUGGAGGUCGUAGAAGUGGAGGAAGGACGUAGUACUGGAAGAGUUAUAGGAAAAGAGAUCAUCGCCACCUCCGUGGAGAACAUCAACCCGGUUUUUGUCAGGACAUCUUCAUUUGGGGAUUCCUUGUUGCUCAUCCUAGCCCUUUGCUUUCACUCUGUGUUUGAAGGCAUAGCCGUUGGUGUUGCUGGCACUGAAGCAGAUGCAUGGAGAAACUUGUGGACAAUAUCACUGCACAAAAUAUUUGCAGCCAUUGCCAUGGGAAUUGCAUUGCUGCGUAUGAUGCCAAAGAGGCCAUUUCUACUUACUGCUGCUUAUUCUUUCGCUUUCGCUUUUUCAAGCCCUGUUGGAGUUGGAAUCGGCAUCGCCAUUGAUGCCACCACACAAGGAGCAGUGGCAGAUUGGAUCUAUGCUAUCACCAUGGGUAUCGCCACUGGUGUUUUCAUCUAUGUUGCCCUCCACCACCUUAUAGCCAAAGGGUUUAAACCACUAGAGCACAGCUACUUUGACACCCCUUUCUUCAAAUUUCUCUCUGUGCUUCUUGGGGUGGGAGUUAUAGCCGUUGUCAUGAUUUGGGACUAGUA